AUGAUGGAUACUGCGAACGACGAGAAGAAGCCGAAGAGAACGAAUGAGAAUGUAAGCUUCCGAAAAUUCAUAUUUUGAAAUAAACGAUGCAAUGCUCAGCCACGUCGUCGAACGUGCGUGAUCUGCAAGGCGAGUGUGCUCAACUGCCAGAUGACCACUUUUACGAGAGUCGCCGACAAACAGUGAGCGUUCCGAUCGCGAAACGAUGGAAAAUCUGUCGUUUUUAGAGAGGAAUGGAUCAAGAUUCUGUCGGGCGACGACGAAGAAUUCGAGAAGAAGCUCAGGGAGAAAUUGGCAGGCGGACGGAAAUAUGUGUGCUUCGAUCACUUCGAAAUGAGCAGUUUGUCGGCGAAAAAGACUGGAGAAGGGGUGGAACUGCGACGGAAUGCAAAGCCGAUUCCUUUUGCCACGAAUCCGGUCGUUCCAGAAGUCAAGGAAGACGUUCCGAUGCCGGAAAAAGAAGAAGAGGUGAAAUCAAAAUGUCCAAUACGACAAUUACUUGUUCUUAAAUUCCAGAUUCCUGUGGAAGAACCGAUGACGCCAGAUGAGCCGGAGGAGGAAAUCAAUCAGAACGCACUAACUUCCACGGAACUUUUGCUCUUUUGGGCCGAGCAGGCGGUGCAGAAAGCCGAAGAAAGAUGA